AUGAUUAAACACGAAGAAAGGUCCUGGACCGAAGGGCAGGCCUAUUUUGGCUCGAGCGACAACCCCAAAACCCUUACCCAUUGCAAUGUCUGGGAUUGGGAUCAACUGCGCAUGAUCAAGGUCAUAGGCACCGCCAAACUCUUCCCGCCUGAAGAGGAUGUUGAGGUUCCAAUACUGGUACAAUUCGCCGAUUACCUGUCUCCCAAAGUUCGCGCGGUUACAGUCGAUGACGAAGGACUGAUUGUGGAAGUCUCCGCUAAUCCAGAACAAGACGAUGCUGGGUUUAUCGGAUAUCUACCUUUCACGGCCACCAAAUCACUUCACGAUUGCCGUACAGUCCACUACUCGAAGCUGCAGGAGCUUGAUCGGCUUGGACCAGGUGUUGAAGAAAUGUCAAAAUAUGAAUAA